AUGGAGUCAUCUGGAAACGAACCUGAACUCUUGGAAAAAGCCAUAUUAAAUGACAACGCCACCAUUACAAAAUCUCUCAUCACAACACAUCUACAAAAAUUUCGUCUUGCUCCAGGCCGAGGAAACCCCAGGAAUAGAACUCACCAACGCGGACCGUGUACUCUUUCUGCAGUCUCGUCCCGAAGCGCCGAUUGCGUCAACUACUACUACAGCCGACUACGCAGCCACUCGUCGGCUUCAAUUGGCCUUGGAGCUGGUGCAAGAAGACCAUCAUACCUGUACAACGCUCAGACCACUAGCAACAAUGCUGGCAGUUUGAAACCUUACGAUCUACCGGGUGGAAGAAAGUUAUCCCAUUCCCAUCCUCUGCAAUCCUGCAUGCCCAACGACCCGGGACCUUCAGCCUACGGACCAACGCUAACGGUGUAUGGGGAAAGUGGGAUCAGAAGUCUGCCUGACACCCGCAGAGGCAGCGUCAACACGUCGGAAGUCGGCGGAGCGAACAGCCAGAACGGUGGCAUCAACGCUAAUCUACCUGCAAUUUUCAAAAACGCGCUCCACGUUGCCGUUCAAAAUGCAGCAAAUGAAGCGCUGAAUGUGAUGUUAGCAGCUGGUCUAGAUCCGAACGCUCCUGGAUUUUACGAUCCGUGUUCUGCAGUAGCUGGAGUGUUCGGAGCGCGAGGUAGCAUCGAUUCUCCAGACUCGGUAUCCCCACUUGCCAUGUUGACGGUCGGUGUAUGUCCGUCCAUUUCCGAAGAUGCCGACCAGCAACAACCACAAAUGACGUCACGAUCUAGAAGAAGCAGCUCCAUAUUCGCUCGACUCUUAACAACCGACAAUCGAUCAAGCACGGGGUUGAGUGGAUUCGCUUCCAGACGCCAAUCUGCAGCAUCAACCAAUUCUUUCCAGCAAGCGAUGUUUGCCAGGCAAUUUUCUAAUCUCUCUCAAAAAGUUCGCAACGCAUCUAUUCAAACGAAUAACGAUUUCUCGAUACCGGUUCCAAACCUAGCAAACGCCCAACAGAUUCUAGAUUAUUCGGAAGCUGUCAAAUCAACGAUGGAAGUAGAAGACGCCAUCAACCUGUACACAAUUGAACGACUCUACGACCUUCCUCCCCUCUACCUAGCGGUGGCUUUGAAAAACCACACCGCCGUCAAGCUGCUUCUACGACACGGAGCCGAUCCCGGGUUCGCCGAUCCGCAAACGGGUCUCAAUCCCAUGCAUCUGGCGGUCUCCAACAGAUUUGUAUGCGACGAAUGUGCCACGCUCCUUGCUGACUACGGUGCCAAAGUGAUACGAGUCUUUUACAGUUAUCAGCGAUUUUCAAAUAGCACUAACAACAACACCAGCAACAAUUUAACAGCAAUUAACAACUUCUCCACUCUGACAUCAAACGACAGAUGCGCAGCGUACGUAAGGAAUCAGAGAAAGUUACUUCAUACAAAAUUGUCCACAUUAUCGGCCUGCUGCACCUACCUGGAGUCCGUCAAGCAGUUGAAGGGCAACAUGGCAGCCGGCGGAAAUGCUGGCAAUAAAAAUAAUUUGGUGCUAGCUGGCUCUGACGGCUUCUCUAAAAAAAGGUCUGAAACGACAAAACAACUAAGAGAAAGACUAUCGAGCGAUAAAGAACCAUCAGUAGAAAGCGACAGAUCCGGAUCCGGUACUUCGUACCGAAUGAAAUUCGGACACCUAAAAAUAUCCGCAUCAUCCCUACUGCACAACAACCAGAGCCUGGACGAUGAUUACGAGGUGGGCAGCGCCGAUAAGGAAAGAUUUGAUUGUUCAAAAGUUUGGCCAGUAUAA